GACACGUCCCCAGCGCACCACUGCAGAGCCAGUCCAUGCGUCCCCAGGGAUCCGCACUGCUCAGGGCAGCUGAUAGAACCAUGGCGACCACUGCCGCUGCUGCGUUCGAGGCCCUCAUGGAUGGAGUGACAUGCUGGGAUGUCCCCAGAGACCCCGUCCCCAGUGAACUCCUUCUUAUUGGAGAGGCUGCCUUCCCCGUGAUGGUGAAUGACAAGGGCCAGGUGCUCAUUGCUGCCUCCUCCUACGGCCAAGGCCGCCUCGUGGUUGUGUCCCAUGAGGGCUACCUGUUGCAUGCGGGCUUGGCUCCAUUUCUCCUCAAUGCAGUGAGCUGGCUGUGUCCCUGCCCUGGGGCUCCCAUGGGAGUGCAUCCAUCCCUGGCACCUCUAGUAAACAUCCUGCAGGAUGCUGGGCUUGAGGCACAGGUCAAGCCAGAACCAGGAGAGCCCCUAGGGGUUUACUGCAUCAAUGCCUACAAUGACACCAUGACUGCAACACUGAUCCAGUUUGUGAAACAUGGAGGGGGCUUGUUAAUCGGGGGCCAGGCCUGGUACUGGGCCAGCCAGCACGGCCCUGAGAAGGUGCUCUCCAGGUUCCCCGGGAACAAGGUGACAAGUGUGGCCGGAGUGUACUUCACCGACACCUAUGGGGACAGAGACCGGUUCAAGGUCUCUAAGAAGGUGCCCAAGAUCCCACUCCAUGUCAGGUGUGGGGAGGAUGUCAGGCAGGACCAGCAGCAGCUCCUGGAGGGGAUCUCAGAGCUCGACAUCAGGACAGGGGGAGUCCCCUCACAGCUGCUGGUGCAUGGAGCCCUGGCCUUCCCUCUGGGGCUGGAUGCCUCACUCAACUGCUUCCUGGCAGCUGCUCGCUAUGGCCGGGGCCGUGUGGUCCUGGCUGCCCACGAGUGCCUGCUGUGUGCUCCCAAGAUGGGGUCCUUCUUGCUCAAUGCGGUGCGCUGGCUGGCCAGAGGCCAGACAGGCAAAGUUGGGGUGAACACAAAUCUAAAAGAUCUGUGUCCCCUCCUAUCGGAACAUGGCCUGCAAUGCAGCCUGGAGCCCCAUCUGAACAGCAACUUGUGUGUCUACUGCUGCAAGGCGUACAGUGACAAGGAGGCUAAGCAGCUGCAGGAGUUUGUGGCUGAGGGUGGGGGGCUGCUGAUUGGAGGCCAGGCCUGGUGGUGGGCCUCCCAGAACCCUGGCCACUGCCCCUUGGCUGGUUUCCCUGGUAACGUCAUCCUCAACUGCUUUGGCCUCAGCAUCCUGCCUCAGACUCUCAAAGCAGGCUGUUUCCCCGUUCCCACCCUUGAGAUGAGAAGCUACCACUUCCGCAAGGCGCUCUCUGAAUUCCAGGCUAUCCUGAACCAUGAGAAUGGGAACUUGGAAAAGAGCUGUCUGGCAAAGUUGAGAGUUGAUGGUGCAGCCUUCCUACAGAUUCCUGCAGAGGGGAUCCCUGCUUACAUAUCCCUGCACAGGCUCCUGAGGAAGAUGCUACGAGGGUCAGGCCUCCCAGCUGUGAGCCGGGAAAAUCCAGUUGCCAGUGACUCCUAUGAGGCUGCCAUGCUCUCCCUGGCCACUGGGCUGGCUCACUCUGGAACUGACUGCUCCCAGCUGGCCCAGGGGCUUGGCACCUGGACCUGCUCCUCUAGUUUGUACCCCUCAAAACACCCCAUCACUGUGGAGAUUGACGGAAUCAACCCAGGCAACAGUGAUUGCUGGGUAAGUACCGGGCUCUACCUCCUGGAAGGACAAAAUGCAGAAGUUUCACUGUCUGAAGUUGCCGCCUCUGCUGGCCUCCGGGUACAGAUUGGCUGCCACACCGAUGACCUAACCAAGGCCAGGAAGCUAUCUCGAGCCCCCGUGGUGACUCAUCAAUGCUGUAUGGACAGGACUGAACGGUCAGUCUCCUGCCUCUGGGGUGGCCUCCUCUACGUCAUCGUGCCCAAGGGCAGCCAACUAGGCCCUGUGUCUGUCACUAUCAGGGGGGCUGUGCCUGCCCCAUACUACAAGCUGGGUAAGACAUCACUAGAAGAGUGGAAGAGGCAGAUGCAGGAGGACCCAGCUCCCUGGGGAGAACUGGCCACGGACAACAUCAUCCUGACAGUGCCAACCACAAACCUCCAGGCCCUGAAGGACCCCGAGCCUGUGCUCCGCCUCUGGGAUGAGAUGAUGGAGGCUGUGGCCAGGCUGGCGGCUGAACCCUUCCCUCUCCGCCGUCCCGAGAGGAUUGUGGCUGAUGUGCAGAUCUCAGCUGGCUGGAUGCAUUCAGGAUACCCCAUCAUGUGCCACCUGGAGUCUGUGAAGGAGAUCAUCAACGAGAUGGACAUGAGGAGCAGAGGUGUGUGGGGCCCCAUCCAUGAGCUGGGCCACAACCAACAGCGGCAUGGAUGGGAGUUCCCCCCGCACACUACUGAGGCCACCUGCAACCUUUGGUCAGUCUACGUGCAUGAAACAGUCCUAGGGAUCCCCAGGGCUCAGGCCCAUGAGGCUCUGAGCCCUCCAGAGCGAGAGAAGAGAAUCAAGGCCCACCUGGGAAAGGGAGCCCCUCUGUGUGGCUGGAAUGUGUGGACAGCCCUGGAAACAUAUCUACAGCUCCAGGAGGCCUUCGGGUGGGAGCCAUUCACCCAGCUCUUUGCUGAGUACCAGACCCUCUCUCAUCUCCCCAAAGGCAACACUGGCAGGAUGAACCUAUGGGUAAAGAAGUUCUCUGAAAAAGUGAAGAAGAACCUGGUUCCCUUCUUUGAGGCCUGGGGCUGGCCUGUCCAGAAGGAGGUGGCUGACAGCCUGGCCUCCCUACCAGAGUGGCAGGAAAACCCCAUGCAAGUAUACCUCCGUGCCAAGGAGUGAAGGAUGCCCCGCAAGGCGGGAGAGAAAAAGCAGGGUCACGCCGGCAACUCCACCACGAGGCUUUGGCCGUGUGUGCUCAGUAUUUGAGCCUGGAUCCCACUUCCAAGCCUGACCACUAGAUGGUGGCCAAGGUCAUAAGAAAAAAUGGAACCCCUUUCUGAAAAAGGUGCCUUGUGCUUCUUUUUAUUGUU